GCGACAAAGUGCAUCGUUUUGUUUAUGUGUAAACAUUUGUGCUGUGAGUCGAGUACAAAAUUUAUAAAUUGUUGUUAAAAUGGGUGAAAGAAAAGGACAAAACAAAUACUAUCCGCCCGACUAUGACCCCAAGAAGGGCGGACUUAACAAAUUCCGCGGCACCCAUGCGCUGCGAGAGCGUGCCCGCAAAAUCCAUCUGGGCAUCAUCAUCAUCCGCUUCGAGAUGCCCUAUAACAUUUGGUGCGAUGGCUGCAAGAAUCACAUUGGCAUGGGAGUGCGCUACAAUGCAGAGAAGACCAAAGUGGGCAUGUACUACACCACCCCCAUUUAUAAGUUUCGCAUGAAAUGCCAUCUGUGCGACAAUCAUUUUGAGAUACAAACGGAUCCUGGCAAUCUCGACUAUGUGAUUCUCUCGGGCGCCCGACGGCAGGAGAAUCGCUGGGAUCCGCUGCAGAACGAGCAGGUGGUGCCUGAGACCAAGGAGGUGCAGAAGCGUCUCUUCGACGAUGCUAUGUAUAAGCUAGAGCAUCAGGCCAAAGAUGCCCAGGCAGCUGCAGACGCCAAGCCCGUGCUGCAAAAGCUCGUGGAGCGCAACCAAAGUGUCUGGGAUGAUAACUAUGUGGCUAACUAUCGCCUACGUGCAGAGUUUCGACAACAGAAGAAGGAGAUCAAGGGUCAACAGGAACUGGACCGGCAGCUGCUCGCAAAGAGCAGUUUGGAUAUUGCCUUGUUGCCAGAGACUGCGCAAGAUCGAGAAAUGGCUGCUCUAAUGAAGCUGCAAACGAAAUCCGCCAUUGAACGCGAGUCUGAGCAGCGGCUGGAGCUGCUUAUGCGGCCAGCAUUGCCAGGAGCAACGACGACAACCUUUGGUGGUUUAAAGCGGCAAAAAGCGCUCAGCACACAGCUGCAGCUGCAGGAUUUGGGCAUCAAGCGAAAGCCGCUAUCGACAUCGACGAUGACGCAACCAGCGCCGAGUGCGAAGACAUUAGAGAAACCCACAAGUCUGGUGGGCGACUAUGCAGAUUCCAGUUGCAGUUCUGACGACAGCAACGCAGCCCCAAAUGAUUAA